AAGGUAGUUUGCGCAGAUCGUAUAAUUUUAUGAGUUUAUAUGUUUGACGAUAACAGCUUUUCGCAUGUUUAAGUGCUCUUUUGAUGUAACCGCAAUUUUAAUUUAAUAAUAUAAACGUCAAUUUUUUUUAUUUCCAAUACGCAAAAACCACCUGAAAAAUGACGGCUACGGGAACUCCACCCCCACCACCGUCGUCCAAACCCGAAGACGACCCGGACCUAUCAAACCGGUCCGCCGUGAUCCCGAACCAAACUCUCCCCUUCACCACUCAUCGGAAAAAAGGGUCCAGUAUCCGAUCAUGGCUUUUACUUGACUCGACGGCCCACACCUUUAGGUUGGAGGCCGGAAAGCAUUCUAUCAUGAGACGCACGGGUUUACCCGGUCGAGAUCUUCGGAUCUUGGACCCGCUUCUUUCGUACCCGUCGACGGUUCUGGGUCGAGAACGGGCCAUUGUGAUUAACUUGGAGCACAUAAAGGCAAUCAUUACGGCUCAAGAGGUUUUGCUGUUGAAUUCCAAGGAUCCUUCCGUUACACCGUUUGUUGAUGAGUUGCAGAGGCGGAUUUUGUUGCAUUAUCAAGCAAACCAAUCCAAGUAGGAGGGUACUAUUGAUGAUACCAACUGCAUAAUAAGAACUACAUCACAAAAUCUGUUACCAAAGAAUUCACAGCUCCAAAGCCUAAGUGAGGAAGGCAGGGGAGAAGAGAAACAGGGUCUUGAGACUCAAGAAGGCACUAAGACUCUCCCCUUUGAGUUUGUUGCAUUGGAGGCCUGCCUUGAAGCUGCUUGUGGCUGCUUAGAAUCUGAGACAAGAACAUUGGAGCAAGAGGCCCAUCCAGCUUUGGAUAGAUUGACCUCAAAGAUUAGCACUCUCAAUUUAGAGCGUGUUCGCCAAAUAAAAAGCAGGCUGGUUGCAAUAACUGGCCGAGUUCAGAAGGUAAGGGAUGAGUUGGAAAACUUACUAGAUGAUGAUGAUGAUAUGGCUGAGAUGUAUCUAACAGAGAAACAACUUGUUGAAAACUCUUCAACGUCUUCAUUGAAUCAAAGAGAUGAUUUAGAUGAUGAUGAUGAUGAUGAUGAUGAAGCAGAAGCAGCAGCAGCAGCUGUUGAACCAGACAAGGAUGACAGCACACCUGGUGAAGAGUCAUUGACAACCAGUUAUGAAGGUGAUGUCCAAGAUCCUGACAAACCCCACGACCAUUCAUUUGGUGCUACCAUUGGCGGAGACACCCAUGGAAUUCAUGCAAGUUCCUGCCAUAGUCUUAUUGGCAAACCUGUUAAUGUGGAGGAGUUGGAAAUGCUCUUGGAAGCUUACUUUGUACAAGUUGAUGGUACCCUCAACAAGCUCUCCACGUUGAGGGAAUAUGUGGAUGACACAGAAGACUACAUAAACAUAAUGCUGGAUGACAAACAGAACCAUCUUCUACAAAUGGGAGUGAUGCUAAGCACAGCAAACCUUGUGAUCGGUGCUUUCAUCGUCGUCGCUGGUUUGUUCGGCAUGAAUAUCCACAUCGAUCUAUUCGAUGAAAAUAAAGCAGGGACGCCGGAGUUUCUUUGGACGAUCGGCGGUUCCACCGCCGGGACGAUAUUACUUUACGUGGUUGCUAUUGCAUGGUGUAAAUACGAGGGCUUGUUGGAGUAAAGAAAGAGAUAAUAGAAAGUAAGAUUUUUUGCAGGUGGGUAGCUAAGGGGCAGGUCCUUUGCCCCCUUGGCUAAAAGGGGAAUUUUUUUUCAAGUCCCUCUCAAAAAUUAAAACAAUCAAUUUACGUCUUUGAUUAAAUGAAAAAGAAAACCAU